GGCCGCCAACUCGCUCCAGCCGCUGGAGUCGGGGCUCGGGACCGGCUGCCAUCUUAGUCGAGGGAUUGGAGAGUCGCCGCCGCCCGGAGUCCUGGUAACAUGCAUUUAACAGUGACCUUCUGGAGACAACGCCUUAACCCAAAGAAGUAACUUGAACAGUGAGAACUUCAGGUUUUUUGUUGGGAAAUCAUGCCUACACAAUUCCACUGCUACCAGCAAACUAUUUUUAAAAGAUGGUGACAGAGGAGAGACAUCACAACAUUGCUCCAUUGCCCAUGAAGUAUGAAAGUUAAAAUUUCAAAGGUUUGUCAUCCUAUUGGUGGUAUGUCUGACAGUAGAUCACAACUUGGUUCAAUGGGUAGCCUGACCAUGAAAUCACAACUUCAGAUCACUGUUAUCUCAGCAAAACUUAAAGAGAACAAAAAGAAUUGGUUUGGACCAAGUCCUUAUGUGGAAGUCACAGUAGAUGGACAGUCAAAGAAGACAGAAAAAUGCAACAAUACGAAUAGUCCCAAAUGGAAGCAACCUCUUACAGUUAUUGUCACCCCUGUGAGUAAAUUACAUUUUCGUGUAUGGAGUCACCAGACACUGAAAUCUGAUGUUUUGUUGGGAACUGCUGCAUUAGAUAUCUAUGAAACUUUGAAGUCAAACAAUAUGAAACUUGAGGAAGUAGUUGUGACUUUACAGCUUAUAGGUGACAAAGAGCCAACAGAGACAAUAGGAGAUUUGUCAAUUUGUCUUGAUGGACUACAGUUAGAGUCAGAAGUUGUUACCAAUGGUGAAACUACAUGUUCAGAAAGUGCUUCACAGAAUGAUGAUGGCUCCAGACCCAAGGAUGAAACAAGAGUUAAUUCAAAUGGAUCAGAAGAUCCUGAGGAAGCAGGGUCUGGUGAAAAUAGGAGGGCCAAUGGGAAUAAUUCUCCAUCACUUUCAAAUGGCGGUUUUAAGCCUUCUAGGCCUCCAAGACCUUCACGACCACCUCCUCCUACCCCACGUAGACCAGCAUCUGUUAAUGGUUCACCAUCUGCCACUUCUGAAAGUGAUGGAUCUAGUACAGGCACUCUGCCACCACCAACAAAUACAAAUUCAAAUACAUCGGAAGGAGCAGCAUCUGGAUUAAUAAUUCCUCUUACUAUAUCUGGAGGUGCAGGUCCUAGGCCAUUAAAUACUGUAAAUACUGUACCUCAAGCUCCCUUACCCCCUGGUUGGGAACAAAGAGUGGAUCAGCAUGGGCGAGUAUACUAUGUAGAUCAUGUUGAAAAAAGAACUACAUGGGACAGACCAGAACCUCUACCUCCUGGUUGGGAACGGCGAGUUGACAAUAUGGGACGUAUUUAUUAUGUUGACCAUUUCACAAGAACAACGACAUGGCAGAGACCAACAUUAGAAUCUGUCCGGAACUAUGAACAAUGGCAGCUACAGCGUAGUCAACUUCAAGGAGCAAUGCAGCAGUUUAACCAGAGAUUCAUUUAUGGGAACCAAGAUUUGUUUGCUACGUCACAGAAUAAAGAAUUUGAUCCCCUUGGUCCUUUGCCACCUGGAUGGGAGAAAAGAACAGACAGCAAUGGUAGAGUCUACUUUGUCAACCACAACACUCGUAUUACCCAAUGGGAAGAUCCCAGAAGCCAAGGUCAAUUAAAUGAAAAGCCCUUACCUGAAGGCUGGGAAAUGAGAUUCACAGUGGAUGGAAUUCCAUAUUUUGUGGACCACAAUAGAAGAACUACCACCUACAUAGAUCCCCGCACUGGAAAAUCUGCCCUAGAUAAUGGGCCCCAGAUAGCCUAUGUACGGGACUUCAAAGCAAAGGUUCAGUAUUUCCGGUUCUGGUGUCAGCAAUUGGCUAUGCCACAGCACAUCAAAAUCACAGUGACAAGAAAAACACUGUUUGAGGAUUCCUUCCAGCAGAUAAUGAGCUUCAGUCCUCAAGAUCUACGCAGACGUUUGUGGGUGAUUUUUCCAGGAGAAGAAGGUUUAGAUUACGGAGGUGUAGCAAGAGAAUGGUUCUUUCUUUUGUCUCAUGAAGUGUUGAACCCAAUGUAUUGCCUGUUUGAAUAUGCAGGAAAAGAUAACUACUGCUUGCAGAUAAACCCCGCUUCUUACAUCAAUCCAGAUCACUUGAAGUAUUUCCGUUUUAUUGGCAGGUUUAUUGCCAUGGCUCUGUUCCAUGGGAAAUUUAUAGACACAGGUUUUUCUCUGCCAUUUUAUAAACGUAUUUUGAACAAACCAGUUGGGCUAAAGGAUCUUGAAUCUAUUGAUCCAGAAUUUUACAAUUCUCUCAUCUGGGUUAAAGAAAAUAAUAUUGAGGAGUGUGGUUUGGAAAUGUACUUCUCUGUUGAUAAAGAAAUUUUAGGUGAGAUCAAGAGUCAUGAUUUGAAACCCAAUGGUGGCAAUAUUCUUGUAACAGAAGAAAAUAAAGAGGAAUAUAUCAGAAUGGUAGCUGAAUGGAGAUUGUCUCGAGGUGUGGAAGAACAGACACAAGCUUUCUUUGAGGGCUUUAAUGAAAUUCUUCCCCAGCAGUAUUUGCAGUACUUUGAUGCAAAGGAAUUAGAGGUUCUUUUAUGUGGAAUGCAAGAGAUUGAUUUGAAUGACUGGCAAAGACAUGCUAUCUACCGUCAUUAUACUAGGACAAGCAAGCAAAUCAUGUGGUUUUGGCAGUUUGUUAAAGAAAUUGAUAAUGAGAAGAGAAUGCGGCUUCUGCAGUUUGUUACUGGAACCUGCCGAUUGCCAGUUGGAGGAUUUGCUGACCUCAUGGGGAGCAAUGGACCACAAAAAUUCUGCAUUGAGAAAGUUGGGAAGGAAAAUUGGCUACCUAGAAGUCAUACCUGUUUUAAUCGCCUGGACUUGCCACCCUACAAGAGCUAUGAACAACUGAAAGAAAAACUUUUAUUUGCCAUUGAAGAAACAGAGGGAUUUGGACAAGAGUAACUUCUGAGAACUUACAUCACAGAAGGACAAGAAUUUAUUCGCUAGUGAUUGUCCUUUUCCUUCUCUGCCUGUUGCACAUCUUGUUGUAAAAUUGGACUGUGAUUGUUAUAGAGUGUUAUCUGGGUAUAAGUAAAUUAAUAUUAUCAUUGAGAUCUACCAGUGAAUCUGGAUUGCUACUCAAUGUUUCCAGAGAUCAUAUCUGCAAAUGACUAGUCAACACCUUACUUAAUAUGAGAUUUUAACACAGCAAUGAAAUCUGCCUUGUCUUAUUCCACUAGAUUGUUUCCUUACUAAAAUUUUGUAUGUGUGUCAAAAGUCUCACUUCAAAAGUAGCUUUUUCCUUUUAGGGUUUCUUCAGAUAUGCAGGGAAGUCCCUUGAUUAACUUCAUUAUGUAAUAUCUUCUUAUGCCUCUUGUUAAGAGGGUGUUGUAAGUGCAAGCUUACCCUGGCUUUUUGGGACAUGAGCAAACUUUGACUUGUUUCCUCUCUUUCAUUUCAGCCUGACCUGACUGUUUUGCCUUUUCAGAGCACGAAUUCAUGCUUCAUUUUGUUAUCCCUGGAAAGUGGUGCAAAACACUCGCAUCUCUCUAUACAAUAGUUUCGUUCAUUUCAAUUCAGGGUGAAGUUGGUCCCAGUCUGCAGAUGACUUUUCAUUUGGAUGUCUGUUUGAAUUGCCUUGCAAAUACUAAACAUAACCAAUAAUGUUAACACUGUUUCCUUCACUGUCAUUUAUAAAAAGUUUACUAGAAUUGGAAUUGAUCUAGAUUCAUAGAAGACUAACAAUAUUUGUUCCUAUUUAUAAAUUGCAUCUCCAUAAUUUUAUUGUAAUCCAAUAACUACAGUUAUGUUCAAUUAUUACUUUGGAGUUCAAGUCUUCUAGUGCAAAUAGAGAUCAAUGAAACACCCUCUUAAAAAUUCAUUAGGGAGGGAGAGCUAUGGUGCUGGCUGAAAAAAAGUAGUGUGUUUUUAGUGAAACGCUUCUAGUAAACACAGGAAGGUAUCCUUUGCAUUAAAAGUCUUCAAAUUUGUCAUUUCUCUGACAUAAGCAUGAGCAGUCUUUUCCAUUCUUUUAUGUUGUCCUGACUGAUAGCCCCUACUUGUAGUAUUCUCUUUACCUCUGAAAAUGUAACCAGGUUUUUCCCAUGACAAUUUAAUUUUAGACUGCUGCAUUAGUAACUGAUUAAUGCACUUUGAAUUUCUCUGUAAUUAAUUCUUUUAACAUGACCUAGCUUAGAGUCUGUCAGGGUAGUUACUCUCAGGAGUUUGACUUUUAUAGGCAUUGGGGUGAAACCAGAGCCAGCUGAGUGCCUAUCAUACCUGGACCUUGAAAACAGCCUCCUCUUAUGUGAAAUAAGGACUUUGGCAAGUUUCAGAGCAAAUAGCAUUGAGCCCAAAAUAAGCAAAGUAGUAAGCCCCUGUUCAUAUCAGGAAAAAAGGUUUUUUGUUUUGUUUUGUUUUUUGAUCCCUAACUACUCUUCCUUUUACAUCGCAAAACACAAACAUUUUUAAACUUGUGUAUCUAAACUCAAACACUGCCAUCAUUAAACAGACUUACGCGAGUAAAAGGACUACCUUACUUAGAAAUUGUCACUGUAAAGGGGAGCAUUGGGCUCUCCCCAGCUCUUUGAUUUCUUACUCCACAUACUCCAGGAAAUUUAGUUUGGUCUCCAAAAGCCCUAGUUGUUAAAGUAGGGAUUCUGCCUCUUUGUUGGUAGGGGAAGAAAAAUGCUAUUGCUUUGUCUUUCAGAGCGAAUGUCUGCCAACUCUCAUUCAUUACAUAAGUCUGAACUUUGGUAAUACAUGGCUAUGGAGAUUAAGCCUUCUAUAUUCCUAUUGAGAUGAAUUCUCAUGUUGAAAUGUCUUUGCCUACAAUAUUUACUAGAGAUUUAUGAGAUUAAAUUAAGAGAUAAUGUAAGGAAGUGGACUUUUUUGUUUGUUUGUUUGUUUGUAUGUUUGUUUGUUCUACAUAAUGCUUGAUGAUUCAUUUAGGGACUUAGAAAUAUUGUGUGAAAAUGUAUAAAUAUCACCCAAAAGGCAUUCUGCCCUAUAUUUUUAAAAUACAGAAUAGUUAUAUAUGAAGUAGCUCUGGCCCUAGUUCUAUAGGGCCUGGCUAUUCAAUAUUUUUAUGGAAGAAACGCUUAGUUCUGGAAAAAGGUAAAUGCUUGUAUAUAUUUUUGCAGCCUGGGAUCUCCCUUACUCCAUUUCUUCCUUUAAUUUAAGUGGCCACAUGUAUAUGUCUUCCCUGCUGUGUUAGGGAAAUGGGGGCUGGAUAUCCCAAGAAUCAGAGGUUAUAUAAAAACACUACAACUAGACAGCAGACAGAAAUAUCUGCCAACUGCUAUCUUAAAUUUUGGUCCAAAUUGAACAUUUGGAAAUAGAUUUAUUGUAAGUGUUUGAUUAAAAUGAUUUAUUGAAUCUGAACUAAAUUGCUUUUAGGGUCCUUUUUCUUUGUAAGCAUUGUAAAUGCUAAUAAAUUCUGUUAAUUUUUUAAUGCAUGUUAUGUUGAAAUAAAAACAAAGUAAAAAUGA